GGUUUUUUCUCGCACCGGGUACCUUAUCCUUUCCCCCUGAGCACUGCCUCACCCACUCCCCCAAGUCUAGCCUCACGUUAUCCUCCCGGUGGUUACAUCGGCGAUUUCUUCCGGCGAUUGGAGCGGCGGCGGGUGGCGCGCUAGUGCGGCAGAGAGGAUGCGGGAAGGUUGUGUCCCUGCGGUAGGAGGCGGCGGCGGCCCAGCGGGAGGAGGCGGCGGCGAGGAUGCGGCUGGCGGGAGGGGGCAGCGACCGGCAGGAGCUAUUCCGGCGAAUUGGGAGCUCCUCCUGCACGUCCAGGGCACCGUCCGACACCACGCGCGCGCAUAUGCCGCGUCCGGGAGUGCGAGCAGCGUGGCGCUGCCAGUCGCCCUGGCCACCCACAUCCUGGCGCGGCGGCCUGGUCAGCGGGGACCCGUUCGUGGCGUCGCUUUGCCGGGUCGCGCGGGUACGGCGGCGAGGAUGUGGGAUGGCUGCAUCAGGCGGCUACAUAGCCGGUAGAUAUGGAGGCGGCCGCGACACUCGAGGAGAGGGAGCGGCUAGCGAUGGGGCCGAGGGCUGGGUGCUCCCGUCGUCGCACACGGUCGCUGAGGGGAGCUGGCGGCUAUGGAGGACGUCGAGUGGCGGUGGCGGUCGCUUUCGCUUUUGUUUUCUUGUGCAGCCGCUCCCGCUUUUGCUCCGAGUGCCGUCGUCAGCCGUUGAUCCCUCCAUUUGGGGCUUGCUGGAGGAAUAAGAUGAGGCCUGGUGCGUUCUCCUCCCGAACUGAGUUGUUCGAUCGAUGCCCCUCCUGCCCCCAAACCAAAUGUUCGGUCUCGGGUGCUCCCAGACCAAACGGUCGGGAGUUAUCGACGUCCUACAUUUCAACCACUAUUUGUUUAAACUAAAUUGACGAAAUUCAUACAGAUACGGCUGAUCGCAUAUAAACUAGACGAAAUUCAUUA